ACCAUCAGGUGGCGCAAAGGGAUAUGUGACGAAUUUUUAAUAUUAAAGUCAUUAAUUUAUUUACAUGGCGAGAGGAAAGAACCAGCAUUAUGUUGUGAACGAGUCUAGGUCAUUUCAUAGCAUCAAUCAGCUGUAUUUAAGCUAGACACAGAGAAAAUGAGCCGAUGUUAAGAUUCUGUAAUGCAGCCUGAGGAGAAAAUUUAACUGAUUAAUAAGGCAGACGGACAGUCAUUCCGCUCAGUCUAUCACUGAUCUCGGCUUUCCGAAGAGCGAUUUUCCUCCGCACGACUUUCUCUACACUAUACAUCCUGAAGAUGGAGUUUGGGGAAAGAAAGAGGAGAAGGAAGUCACAGAGCUUUAAACUGGUCACGGAUGAAGGUAGGCUGCUGCUGCUGCUGCUGCUGAAUGAAUGCGAGCCCUCACAAGACGCGCGUCUGUGUCUGGUGUUUGUCUGGCGCUGUGUGCCAGCAGGGACAGCUCUGUAAACAAAAGCGAUGGCCACGACAAUGCCCAUAGUCUGCGCAUCUGCCUUUGACAUAAGCUAAGUUUAACGGUGCAGAUUUGACAUGCACUGUACCCUCCUUGUCAGCAGUCUCAUCAUAGAUUCAAGAAUCAAAAGUCAAUUAAAUGACAAAAAUGUAUGAAAACAUGUUGCGCAUACUGAACACACAUCCUGCACCUGGAUUGUUCACUUUUGGCUGAAGAUUUUGUGCUAGGCCACCUCUCUUGACUACUUAAUACCACCUACAGGUGGUGGUUUCUGCAUGGCAAGGGAGGGAGGGGGGUUGUGCUUUGGCUGACAUCACAGUCCCUAUCAGUCUGCACAGGCUUCAUCAUCACACUGCAAACAAUGCAACAUCAUUCUGCAACUAACACAAGGGACUCAUUAGUUUUGUGAUUGGCUACAAACAGCUUAUUUCUUACAGACUGUGAAUCUUCAUAUGUGGUGAAUCCAAGCUGCAAAGAUGCCUGUACAGAACCCUCAGAUGCUGCAGUGCCUGAUGGUAUGUACAAUUUGAACUAGUAUUGCAUUUGAUGUAUGGUAAUGUAUCACUGAUUCACCAACACAUUUGUGUCUCCGUGUAGUUUGGGUAGGGGAUGAAGGCAUGGAGAUUAAAAAGCAAAUUACAGGAAUGAUGAGGCUUCUGAGUGAUAAGACCAGCAGGGUUUAUCAGCGUGUGGGAGCAGAGCAGGACAGCUUGGCAAAGAAGCUCCAGGACCAGCAUCUGACCUGGGUACAGAGGCCUGCUUUGUCAGAGGAGCAACAAAGCAACACCUGGAGCUCUGCAGGAGAGCCAGGGCCUUCACUUUCAACCAUAUCUACCCCCCUACCCAAUGGUGCAGGCCAGUACAGCACCCGUUCUAAAGCCAUGAAGGUCCCCCACAACACCAAGGAUGUGAUCAAGGAGAAUGACACCAAUGGUAGGCCGCAAAAGCAUGAAAACCAACUGACACAAUUUUUGUUUCCUUAUAAGAACAGCACUAUUAUUCACAGAGACCCAACCCUAGUUCAUGGUGAGAAAACAAUCUGUAAAAGUGGUGAGUAAAAUUUUGUUCUAAUUAGGGGCAGGAAAAGAGAUAGUGGACAGCCAUCUGAAGACAAUUUGCUGGGGAGAAAAAUCCAAAUACCCCCAUGACACACGUUUGUUCUUCUAGGAAAAGACAAAAAAGCAUUAUUUUUAUUCUUGUUUGAGUCUCUAACCAACACAUUCAUAAUUCCCCAACAGAUGUAGUCUCUCCUGCAGAAGCAGAAGCCCCCUGCUGUACAUGCAACUGUAAGGGCACCUUGCACGCUAUUUUGCUAGAACUACGUGCCAUGAGGAAGCUGAUGCAGACUCAAAAAGGUCAGUUGAUCAGCAAAAAACACUUUCACUCGGCGAGAAAGUGAGAAAAGGAAAAAUACAAUGUGUUGCUAUUUUGUUUAAAGUGUCCUUGGAAAGACAUGAACAUGCAGCAUCACCAUGCCAACCUCGUCUUGGUCAAGGCCCCCCUCCACGUUGUAGGCCCCGGAAGAGGAGGCCAAUCUAUAAAGUGGCACCACUUGCUGUGUCUGCCACUAGAAGAGCUGCUACUGCCCCUCUGGAGGCAUCACUAUACAGGAUUGCACCAUUAGCAGAUGAAGAGAGGGACGGACGUGUGAAAGAAGAAAGCUUAGUUACACCAAAUCAUCCCAUUCGCCGUGAAGUGGCUGUGCUACCAUCUCCAUUACCUGUCAACAACAAACACGGCCCUCUCCUGAACCCAGUGAGGGAGCCACAGUUGUUAGAGGUAAUCUGCAUGUCUGUAUGUUCUCUAUUCUUAAAAUGUAUGUUUUAUUCACGAAGUGCAAUGUUAUAUCAAAACUUUUUUAAGGUAAAUAACUAUAUGUUCUAUACUCAUUUAGAUUCCCAUAUGGAAAAUAACAUGGUUGAUUUUCCUGCUCUAAAUCAACAUUAUUUCUUAGUUAACUUUCCAAAUCAGGCCUAAAUCUGCCCUCACUGUAAGAUUUUAAUACAUACAAAGGUUUUAAACCUACAUUUAAAUGUUAUCAGUAUCUGCCUCCGAAAAUGUUUGUUGGGAACGAGGAUGUGUCCCAUGACCUGUGUAAAAACUCUGGAAGGUACGGGGUGUUAGGAUUUGUGACAUCCCCUCUGGGAAAAUUUUUAUGACAUUUGUGUCAAAUAAAAAUUGUAUAUUUCGUCACACAGUUGUAUUGCACUUCUUCAAUUUUUUUUUUCAUUUUUCAGUCUGAGGUGCGUCUUGCUGAAGAUUAUGAUGUGUACAUAUCAAAGGCUCAGCUAGACUCCAUCCUGGUGAACUAUACACGUUCUGGCAGUCUGCUGUUCAGGAAACUGGUGGGAGCCAUAAUCCCAUUGAUUCUGGUUAUUUUUGCAGCCAUACGGCAUAACUGGUUGAUUGUAUUUUAUCAAAAUAAAAAGCAUCAAAUUUUUAAGGUAAUGUGCUAAAUUCACUGACACGAAACCACUGUAUUUGUAGGUGUGUGCCUUCUUUGAUGAUACUACUCUGGCUAAUUCCUUGCCAAAUGGUAAAAGAAAGAGGGGCCUCAAUGACAACCGCAAGGGUUUGGACCAGAAUAUUGUGGGUGCCAUUAAAGGUAGGAGGAAUUUUUAAAAAAUCUCUUGAGUUCUGAUGGUACAAAUAUUGUAAAAGAGAAGAUGUUGAUAAGAGUUUUCCGAAUUGUAUCUAGUGUUUACAGAGAAAUACUGCACUGAACACAAAAUAGAGAAGUUGCCCGGGCCACGAGAUUGGGUUCAGAUCCUUCAAGAUCAGAUAAAACUUGCCAGGAGGAGGCUGAAAAGAGGUACAGAUAAAGAGUAUGCUGAUGAGUGGUUUCUCAGGAGGUAAUCCAGUGUAUUCGUAUCUUCAAUUCUAGCAUCUUUUGUUUGAUCCUUGACCCUGUUGCAGAGUUUAUGCUUUUUGAGCAUAUUCAAAGAAUCUUUUAAAGUGGUCUAAGAGCUGCUUUUAUCUGACUGUGUCAAGGUGAACCCUAUUCUGUCUUGGUUUUGUAGAUGGUGUAGAGGCAGAAGAAGUUUUAAAUGGACCUUAUACAAGUAUGAACCUUACCCUUUACACCCACACUCAGUACAGCAACAUCUUCCUCUCAGCCCCCUCCAUUCCCACACUCUUCAAUUUUCUCCACAUCUCUGUCACAACACGCUUACAAACUUCACUCAUUGGCUCAUAUGUCUCCGUCAUGCUGGCACUGCGACAUCUGACAUUCUCACACAGUGUCCAAAAAUGUCAGCUAAUUAUCUUCACACCAUGCACCAUUUCCCCUCUGUCACCUCGCUAUUUCAUUCUUGGGGACUCAAUAGUAGUUUUUUUCCUGCUUCCUUAGUCUUCUUUUUUUUCAAGGAAUGCCAUUGAAUGUUUCACCAAAAGUGCACAUGUAGAUUUAUUCAGGAUUUUUGUCUUAUCUUUUUUUUCUCCACUCACUCAUAUUUUUACUUGUCUUGUGUACAUGGCGCAUUUCUGUGGGCAUUUAAUUAGGGACAACUGGCUCAAGCUUAUAAAGACAUAGUAUUUAUCAUUUGCACAAGGGUAAAUGAGGCCACUUGUCCAUGCCCAGUGCUUCAUAGGAAAACCACAGAUGCAAAUUUUGAUGCAGACUUGAAGAUAGCAUCUGUGUUUCUUUUCUUUUUUUUAUUAGGUGAUGCAAGACAGAUCAUGACAGGUGUUUGACAACAUAUAUGCAGUGCAAACAAACAAUGGAGACAAGACAAAGUGACAAAUACAGCAGGAACACAUAACAUUUACAUACUACAUAUAUUAUUUACAUUACGUUUAGAAAGUGUUGCAAGACUGUGUUUAAUGAAGUGUGUUAUCUAAGUGUGUGUUGUGUUAUCUUAAAAUGAACAUCACUCCUCCCUUAUUUACAGGAUGCAACUACGAAAAGCCUGCAGAUGAAGAGGUUACAGUGGUGAACAUGACCGGUUGAUUCAAGGGCUUUCUCCCUGGCCUUAAAGCAGAAUUGUUGUCUUCAUUAUUCAUCCAAACUGAUGCAUUACACACUUUUUUUCCUUACGUCAUGCAUCAAUUAUUGAUUUAAAGGUAAAAAGUGAGUUACAGUAAAAGUGCCCAGAGCAGAUUUUGAGCAAGUAAACAGUGAAAGAAGGUUACAGUAGUUCAACAAUUUAAGGUUAUUUAAAGUUUAGAUGAGUGAACAAGAAUAAGAGUACUGUAACAUUAGUACAUUUAUUAAUUUUACACAGGUAGCUUUAUAUGGAGAAGUGUUCAUUGUAAAUUGUGCCUUUUAAGUGACUGGUAUUUCAGUGGGUGUGUUGUGCUGUCCAGCAUCCAGCUCAGUAACAAACAUUAUAAAGACUCAAAAUAUCUGGAAUUCCUUUGACUAAAUUUGCUACUGAAAAUGUUCAAUUUUUUCAUUAAUAAGCAUACGAAUUGUUAUCUAUUGCUGUCAUCAUUGUGAUGGAAAUACACACCCACUAUGAUUAGGAUGGAGGGUUGUAGUCACCUUUAAAUAUGUUUUCUUGACCACUUGGUUUUGUGUGAUGUCGAAACACAGUAAAACGCACAAUGGUAGUAGAAAAAUAAAUAAAGAUUUCAUUUUGCUAGAUGUCUUCCUGAGUCAUGGAUAAUAAACAUUAUUGCUCAAAUGGAACAAA